GGUCCAAGACUCGUAUCAGCUCCAAUUCCAGAAAUUCAUAGGAAUCCCUUCUUUAAUAGGCUCCUUGUCUAUAAAAUAUAAGGCCUUUUGGGCAAUCAAAUUCAUUCCUUCAUUACACAUGCCUCAACUUGAAGUUAGGUGCCUCCAUUACAGGUUGAAUCAAAAUAAUCAUGUUCGAAGAGAAAUUAUUACAGGCAAAACAAUUAAAUUAUUCAAUCAAGGUUAACUGGGUACAUUCCCAAUAACCAUUGGGUCAAGGUCUUAUUUUUACUGUACUUUUCCACUGCAUGACCAUCUUCAAUUCACAAGCCCUGAUCUUUUCUACCAAAGUUUCUACAAAAGAAUUACAUAGCAAAUAGUGAUUAUGUUUUUCCAUCUUUGUAAUAAAGAAGAGUGAAAGCAAAGAAUUCUAGGAAUAGAAGCUAAUUAGUAAGCCAUGGCAGCCUUCAACUUGGACAAAUUAUGCUUAAUACUUGCAGCUUUUCUUUUUCUCCUCCUUCUCUUUCCAUUGGGUGGUCAGCACCAUCUCACCCUACUCUUCUCUUCUUUCAAUCCCAUUAAAGCCAACAGCUCAACAACACCACUAGAAGCACCAGUACUACUGGAUGCAUUUGCUUCAACCUCCAUCAAUACAAGCGAUGAAGAUGAGCCCAAGACUCAUAAAAAAAGGAGUAGCCUGGAGAGAGUGGAAGAGGGUUUAUCUAAGGCUCGUGCAGCUAUUCAAGAAGCUAUUCGUUCGAAGAACUACACAUCACACAAGAAAGAGACCUUCAUCCCCAAAGGAUCGGUAUACUGGAACUCCCAUACUUUUCUUCAGAGCCAUAUAGAGAUGGUGAAGACAUUCAAGGUGUGGCCCUACAAGGAAGGAGAGAGGCCCUUGGUCCAUGAUGGCCCUUUAAACAACAUCUAUUCCAUUGAGGGCCAUUUCAUCGAUGAGGUCGAAAGCAAGGGGAGCCCAUUCAGGGCCCAAGAUCCUGAAGAGGCCCAUGUAUUCUUCCUCCCCUUUAGUGUAGCUUUUAUCAUGCACUUCAUCUACUUGCCGAUCACGGCGGCGGCGGAUUACUCUCGUGAUCGCCUCCCCCGGGUUGUGACGGAUUACGUUCACAUUGUUGCCAAGAAGUAUCCUUACUGGAAAAGAAGUAACGGUGCCGAUCAUUUUAUGGUUUCGUGUCAUGAUUGGGCACCUGAUGUAUCAAUCGCCAAUUCUGAGCUCUUCAACAAAUUCAUUAGAGUCCUCUGCAAUGCCAACAUCUCUGUAGGGUUCCGGCACCCGAGAGAUGUCCCUUUACCGGAGAUUUACCUUCCCCCUUUUCAGCUUGGUCCAACCCAUAUGGGGCGGGCUCCAAACAACCGCCCAAUUCUAGCAUUCUUUGAAGGUAGGGCUCCUAGGUAUAUCAGACAGGUCUUAUUCAAGCAUUGGAAGAACAAAGAUAACGAAGUUCAAGUCCAUGAGCUGCUUCCAAAGGGCAAGAAUUACACAAGACUAAUGGGUCAAAGCAAGUUUUGCUUGUGCCCUAGUGGAUCUGAAGUGGCAAGCCCUAGAGUUGUGGAAGCAAUUUAUCAAGGAUGUGUGCCUGUGAUAAUUUCUAACAACUAUUCAUUACCGUUUAGUGAUGUCCUUAAUUGGAGUCAAUUCUCAGUACAGAUCCCAGUUGAGAAGAUACCAGAAAUCAAGAUGAUCCUGCAAAGAAUUUCUAACAGCAAGUACUUGAGAAUGCAUGAAAGAAUCAAGAGAGUUCAGAGGCAUUUUGUGCUCAACCGACCAGCUAAACCAUUUGAUGUUAUCCACAUGGUGCUUCACUCGUUGUGGCUCCGGAGGUUGAAUUUUAGGUUGUCAGAUUGAUCAAACUGUUCAUUUUACCUGCUUCUUCCUCUUUCCUCUUUU